CCCAAACAAAGCGCUGACGGCACUGCGGCUUGAGAAUGAACUUAUCCAGCUAGUCGCUGUGCAGAUACUGAGAACGAGUUAAAAUAAACACCAGAGAUAUACAGAGCACUCCAGCCACCAUGGUUCACCUGACUGUGGACCUGAUUGCCAAAUCCAGCAACCACAAAAACAGAAGAAACUGUUCCCUCCCUCAGUAUCUCAGGAAAUUAACACAUCUAAACUUUUCAAACAAGAACAUAGAUGAUGUUGAUGAUCUGUCCAUCUGCAGAAACCUUACAGUUCUCUACCUGUACGACAAUCAGAUAACGCACAUCUGCAAUCUGGGUUUUGCCUCCAAUCUUACGCACCUGUACCUGCAGAACAACAACAUCACUCACAUAGAGAACCUGUCAUCUCUACAGAGGCUCUCUAAAUUGUUUCUGGGGGGCAACAGCAUCACUGUGGUUGAGGGUUUGGAGCAACUGAGUGAACUGAAGGAGCUCCACAUAGAGGGCCAGAGACUACCGCGGGGAGAGAAGCUGAUUUUUGACCCUCGUACUAUUUUUGCCCUUUCUGGGUCGUUAUGUGUUCUGAAUAUUAAUAACAACAACAUUGAUGAAGUACAUGAUCUGGCAGUUCUGAACAAUCUGACACAUUUCUAUGCUGCGGACAACCAGCUACAGUACAUGCAGGAGCUGGAAACCGUGUUCAGCCAAUGGCCUCAACUUCAUCGAAUGGAUUUGCGUGGAAAUCCUGUGUGUCACAAACCCAAAUACAGAGACAGACUAAUAACCGUCUGCAGAAAGCUGGAGGACCUUGAUGGGAAAGAAAUAAACGAGUUAUCAAGGCAAUUCCUAAUCAACUGGAAAGCCUCAAAAGAAGCCAAGAACAAAGCAAGAAAUGAAAGAUUCAUAGCAGGAGAGAUAACAUAUCCGUUCUCUGCUGACUUUCUCUUGGGCCCCCAGCAUCCCUUUGCCCAGAACUAUGCCGGCUUUCUGGGGAAGAGGAAGCCGCUGGAGUUUGGGAGACCCAUCAUGAAAAUGAGGUCAGACUCAGUGCGGACAGACUGCAGAGGAGCAAGAAGAGUGAUGAUUCCAGCAAGCGCACACCUAGCCACAGAAAUGCAAGAGUCUUCAAAAAUUCAGAGUCAAAUGGCCCUGUGAACGUCCUCUCAGGGAGACUGUGUGGACCUCAUGAAGGCAACUCCCCAGGCCCACACACACUGAAACACACGCACAUUUCAUCAUGAGUGCGUCUGGAACAGAUCUGAGUGCUCUCAGUAAGACGAAGUCCAUAGUUGCGGUCUGCUACUGUCAUUAUGUCACCGUGUUUCUGUAAAUGUAGAUGUUUCAGAGCUGUUUCACGCUGACAGCGCCCACUUUCAUUCAUAUUUCGUUCCAUGCACUCAUAUGCUGCCUGAAUGAUAUCUUCCGAGACUAUUUGAUCAAAUGAUGUCUCUCAGAUUUUCCUGCAUUUUAUCAGAUGAAUCUGUAGACUUUUUUGAGACGUUGUCUUGACUAUGAAUGUUGAAGAAUGCGAUUCACAUGUACAGCACUGUGCAAAAGUCAGAGACCACCCUUCAUAUAUUUAAUUUCAAGUCAAAACAGCCAUUAAGUAUAUGUUAUUCAGAAUGUAAUGUGUCCAUGCUUUGCCUUUAUUACAGCUUCCUUUACUUUUGGGAGCCUGCUUUCAGUUUUUUUUAAGAAAUCUGCAGGUAUUUUUUCCACACCUCCAAAGUUCAGUCUUAGACGUUGGUUGCAUUUUCUGCUUCUCACAAUCCAAAUCCACCUUAAACAUAUUCAGUGAUGUUGAGGUCUGGACUCUGGGGUGGUCAGUCCAUUGUUCUGGGAAUACUAGCAGCUUUGUAUAAUUUACCAAUCACAGCUACACAUCCUUUUGGACCCUUAGUGCUGUUUUGUCUUCUCAAAGUGGAAGGAUGGCUGUGCAUUGUUUCAGAUCUGAAGCAAGAAUGGAGCUUGAUUUUCUUCUCUCUCUCAAAGAUGAAAGCUCUAAGUGCUGUUUAUGUGAUGGGGACAGUUUUGUUUUUUUCAUUUAUCAUUCUCCCUUCCUUAUACAAAUAGAUUAUUAUAUAUCUUAUCUCCUCAGAAAUAUCCUGAAAAAUGCUAGAAUAAUUUGUGCGUAAUGGCUGUUUUGACUGGGAAUUAAAUAAAUGAAGGGUGCUCUGUGAGUUUUAUAGAAUAUCAAAUGCUUAACACCUGGACUUUCAUGUGAGGUGUGUGAUUUUAU